GAGUAUUAAUUGCUGACAUAUGUAACAUCUUUUCGGUUGGCGGCUUCGUGCUUCAAACGCUGGGAAUCUCCGAGGGUGCACAACUAAUCAGCUAUCUCAAACGCGGCAUUGAAGACCACAAACACGACGAAUCGACUCGAAACGAGCGCACGCAAAUAACUUUGCCAGUGCAACUGAGUGUUUGCAUUGGAGCAACCUAAAACCCAGACAUAUUAGCUUUAGGCGCCAAACACGAGCAUGGGAAGCUUUGGCGUUUGCGACAGCUGAUCUGUACUAUACAUCGUUUGCGCGCGCGUCCGAGGUAAGACUCCAGAUCCUUGGCGCUUUGCAUGUUUCACUUUGUUGCAUCUGUUUAUGUGGGCGCGGUGGGCUAGCGGUGGCCGCUGGGUGAUCUUACAAUCUAUGACCCAAUGCUGCACGAAAUUAUCCUCCCGUCCGAGGUUGUUGGGUUACACCUGGAUGUGGCUAACUUGACUGGCAAUUGCCCUUCGGUAGAAGCUGGCUCGAUCGCAUUGUGGAUGGCUUCCUCCGAGGUAGACCAGAAGGCCUUGGGCAACUUUGCGGCCAUCACGAGCCUCGAGCAUCCGUUUCUGUCCGCAAUGCUCUACAAGAUUCUUGGGCUGUCGGUUAUGCUAUCCAAGAAACUUCUCCGUGCACGACGGCUGCGACGCCUGGAUCCCACCCGAGAAACCAAAUCCCUUCAUCUUUAUUAUCAUAUUAUAUGGCUUUCCCGUGAGGGCCUCCUGAUUUUGGAAGAGGUUGUUCUUCCGAUGGUUGAGGAAUAUAUGGAACUGAAGAUUCUCGCCUACAAACUGCGAGCCUCUUUCUACCACAUAUUCGUUCUGUUCCAUAACCAGCCUGCUGUCCACUCGCCGGGCAUUGUUAGUCUCCCGAGCAGCACACCCGUGUCAAAUGGCAUUACCGAAGCGGAGUCCCCCAAGGAUUCCAGUUCGAGAUUCUCAUUCCAAGCAAAGCCUGAUGUGAUAACGGUAUCCGGGAAGCCCAGUUCGGAUGAUGCGCCACGAGCCAAGGUUACGCAGGCGCCCCCGGGCUUUGCCCCGGUUCAACCCCCCAAAUCGAUCUCUGCUUUUCUUCUCCCUGCUCUCGAUUACACACCCACGGCUACCGCAUGUUUCAACCAUGCUGCUGCCUUGGCUGAGCGGUUUCUCCCGGGAUCUCAUCCACUUCGUCUCUCCAUCAAGCUCGAAUUUGCCGCCUACCUCUACGAUUGCCUGCACGAUGCCAACGCCUGUCGACGAUUGGCCAAGCAAGCCAUUGCCGAUGUAUACAACGCGCAAGAGGGUAUGGACGACGAGAGCUUUGAAGAUGCAGCCGAGAUCGUGGGGAUCUUGGGCAAGAUGGUGAAGCGGGGUAGGAAAACGAGCACUGCGGGAGGUAGUACCCUGGACGGGCGCAGUGAAGGCAGUCAGACACCGUCCUCUCGAACGACGCUGAAGAAGCCCGCCCCACGAGUGCCUCCAAACACCUCGCCCACACGCACGGCCUGGCCGACGGGCGGGGAAGUGGCUCCGGCUGUUCCUGAUCCUACCAUGAUGAACCCCAUUUGAGAUCUACCUUUACGACUGUAUAUUCUUCUGACGGUGUCUGUACUUUAGUCGACUUCUGUAUUAUCCUGUAUCGGUGUUGAGGCGAUAGACUUGGCAAUUGGGCAUGUGGAUAGUAUGAGCGAUGAGGCGACGUGUAGAUACUACGAUGUAGAUAGAGAUGUAACUGGCUGAUGUCAUGAACCCCACCGGAGGGUACUGCAGUCUACAAUUGUAUGUCUCUGCCAAU